AUGCCGCGCCGUCGCCGCGUUGUCGUUCGCGAGGACCGCGAGCUCCCCCCAAUCCCCCUGCAGCGACAACGUGCGCGCUCCUUCAAGUUUUUCCUGUACGUGUUCCCGACGGCGCUCGUCACGAUCUUCUUCUACUUCUUCGCCCUCGACUCGCGUUCUCCAGGCCUCCUCAUCGGCAGCCUGAUAUGCGCGUCUGGACUGUUGCUCAGCCUUCGCGCCCACGAAGAGUUCCCUUUCAACCGACGCAAAGUUAUCAAGCUCCGGGCAUGGGCCAACAUCCAGAUGCAUGUGCGCGAGGGUCUCGGUGUGGCUCAAGUCGCAAUUACCGGCAAUCCGGCGCUGAACCACUUGCCCACCACGCCAUCGCUGCACAACAUCCCCAUGAGCCCCUUGCAGGAGAACGACGCCCUGCCUGACGAGUCCGUGGUCGCCAGUGACCCAGGAGAGACGGAUCUGCGGACGGAGGAGUUCCUUGGUCUCCUUGCCGGCUUCCCGAUUGCCCUGCAGCACCACCUUCUGGGCACUCGCGCCCUCCCUCAGCCGCCCCUGUGUGACCUCUUGCCCGCGGAUUACCUCUCGAGCCUGAAACGCACUGACUCGCGUGUUCGUUUCGCAGAGGAGCACUCCGGCCCUAGCGGGUCGGGCAACCCGAUCGGGAAGAGUACGAAGCCGAACGGCGACGCAAACACGAAUGGCGCUGCACCUGGCACUGUGACACACAGCGAUGAGGAGUCGGACGGUAAGGAGGAGCCAACAGGCAAGGAGGAGGCGCCUGCGCCCGUCAAGAAGUCGAACCUGCACGCCCCGUACCCCGCCCACCUGCCGCUGUCUCUCCUGAGGCUUCUGGAAGCGUAUGUCGCGGGCUUCUCGCAGCGCCCAGCCGAGAAGGGCGGUUGGACACCCUUGCAGACGGAGCGCGCAAUUGACGCCAUCAAGGGCCUGAAUGCCGCCCUCACGGAGGCAGAGUCAAUCUACAAUGGUGAGUUCCACCUCCCCCUCAUCGUCAAACUGACAGCAGCGCCGGACCCGGUCGUGAGCUUGACGCUGUGCGCGUAUCUGUUCGUGCUCAGCAUCCUCUGCUUCAUCGCCCUGUACAUGCCACCUCUCGUGUCUCUGAUGACGUUUGGCCUGAUUGCAGCCGCAUUCCCGCCGGCGUUCAGCCGCGCGACGACUGGCCCGAGUCCGUCUUGUGAGUUGCCUCAUGUGGUCACUGCUAACUCUCAGCCUCGACGCACCCCCUGA